GAGUGCACCAAGAGAAGAUGAAGUCGAAGUUGUCUUGCGAGCUGGAGCUAACCUACGCUCUGGCCGUCUCCAGUGGUAGCGUACCCAGUCGGUCCAGCCGAUCGCGGGCUGCUAUCACAUUGGGCAAGAAGCCAGGCUCGGCGGCGGGCUCCGGCAGGAGAGAGGAGCUUUACGUCAUUGUCUCCACGGCAAAGAACGUGACGGGCUCCAAGUAUAAGGUGAAGGGGAAUGUUUGCAGGGUGUUCUCCAAGUUUGUGGAGGAGGGAAAGGCAACAAUAGAGUUCAAAGAACCAGCACAUCGACUGGCAAUUUCUAAAGCUGACCCAGGGCAGCUACGUGAGCUGCUCAAGGUCCUCAAACUCUCCCCAGCCCAGCAGAGCUCCGUCUCUCUCACCGCCCUGCCUCCGACCAAGAUGGCCGACAUCGAGAAACCAAAGACACGACUGGUGGUCAAGUCGCGCGGGGAGUACCCCCUGAGGGGAUUCCCCUCCUCGUUGGAGAGGUUUGAAGCUGUUGCAAUAUCUCUGAACAGGGUGGACGGGAGGCUACUCCAAUUAAAGCACCUCUCCCACCUGGACCUCUCUGGCAACCUCAUCAAGACACUGCCCCGACCCCAUGGCCGACGCCCCCCUCGCGGAACUUCGACUCUCCGGAAACAGACUGGAGGAGUUUCCGGACCUCCUCUGUCAGGGUCGACUUGGAGAGAGCCUGAAGGUGUUAGACCUGUCCAGAAACCAGUUGACGUCACUUCCACACAAGUUCCCUCAAAUGAAAAACCUCGUCCACUUAAAGUUAGACUGCAAUGAACUCAAAGUUUUGCCGAGAACCUUCGGGAAGAUGGUGUCGCUGAAGUUUUUCUCUGCCAGUAGUAAUAGACUGCUGGCUCUUCCGUCGUCAAUUCUGAAGCUUUCGCUGGACUCGCUGGAUUUGUUUGGUAACCCUUUCCACCCCAGCGGACUGGUGAGACGGUGUUCAGAGCUCAGUCUUCCUUCUCUCAUGGAGUUGACCGGGAGGACAAUCAAGAAACACAAGCUACCGUAUGAUCCCUACAUCCUCCCCGUCACCCUCUGCCACUACCUCGACUCUGCCAAGAAGUGUCUCUGUGGCAGAGCCUGUUUCUCUGCCUACCUCCACUACAUCGCGCCCCUGGACCUCCAUAGAGUGGCGGCUACUGUCACAGCCACCGACAAACAGGGCAGCACCAGAGCUUCAGUCGAGGUGUUCCUUUGCUCAGCCAAAUGCCUCAGACUAUGGAGACUCAACCACUGACUCAAUUCCACAGCCACUGCGAUUAUGAUGCAUCACCCAGAAUUUUGUUGUGUGCCCACUAAAAUUAUACAUGGAUCCCACCUUAAAUUUUUU